AUGCCAUCGCCGCCGGUGUUGUCCGUCCUCGUGACGCUGGCGUUGCUCUCGAUGCUCUUCGGCCUUUUGUGCAUGCCGCUGCCGCUGGUAGCGCCCGUCUUCGUGAUGUACCUGUCCUGUGUGCCGCUGCCGCUGGGUGCGCCCGUCCUCGUGAUGCUGGCGAUGCCCUCGCUGCUCUCCGUCCCCUUGUCCGCGAAUGGCAUCGGGCCGUUCACCGCUGCUUCGACGCGUGGUUCGACCUUGUGUUCGACGCCUGCCUGUCCUCGGGGUGCGACCAGACCGUCGAGGAUACCGCUACGCAUGAUGAUGCUGCCGCGGGUGGCGAACGAGUCCACGACGACGCCGCCGAGUGUGGCGAACAACUUGCUCUCACAGCGCAUCCUGCCCAUCGCCCUGCCGAUCCUGAUGCUGCCGCGCUCGGCGCUCGACCCCGACGCGAUGCACAUGCCGAUGCUGCCGCUGGUGGUGUGCCAGGGCACGAUGACGCUGCCGCUGGUGCCGAACGGCUUGUUCUCGUAG